UUGUCUAUUUAUUGCAUAACUACGUCUAAUAAAUGUCGUUUUUCAGGGGUUCCUGUAUUUUCCACGACUAAGAACGGAAAACCGGUGAUAUUAUUUGAUGGACACCGUUUCAACCAACACAGUAACUCGAAAGGAAACAGAGGGUUUUUUGUGUGCGUGAAAUGGGGAACGGCAUGUAGAGCUUCGAUAAGGACCGUCAACGACGAACCAAUAUAUACGGUGUCUAAGUACGGUAGGCCCGUGAUUCAAUUGGGACCUUAUCGUUACAACCGGCACAGCCGCUGCAAAGGACCGCGCGUGCAAUGGCUUUGCUGUAAAUGGUCCUCCGGUUGUCGCGCUUCCAUAACUACUAUUGAGGAUUGUAUUGUCAAGGUCGCCAAUAUCCAUCAUCAUUGA